CUGACUGGAGUCAUGCUAUCUUUGCCAGUUUGCUGGAAUAGACACAGACACUGAUUGGGUCAUGCUGAAAACAUUCCUGUCCUAUGAAGCAAGUCUGUUUGUAUUUCAGGUUUGCCAGGACUAAUGAAUUAAAAAUCUUGGGCUCACCACAGUUUGCUGUUUAAUAAUGCCUGUAACAGAAGGAUUUUUUCCUCCCUGAAGUGUGACAGCAUCAUAAUCUCUCAUCCCUGGCAAGGAGAGGAAGGAAAAUCAGAAUUGUGGAAAAGGGUUAUCUUUUGGGACAGCAAAGCCUAUGGGAAGUGCAGGUAGCAGCAUGUUGCCCUGACAGCUGUCUCAGCUUCUCAGACCUUGUCAGUUUGUUGCUAUGCAGCAGGUGCAGCCUUUUCUUUUAUUGAAGCUUUACUCCAUAAAGGCAACGACGAGCCAAGGCAGUGGCUGGCCCUGGAUUAUACAAGUGCAGACACUCCGCUAAGUGAGGGUUUCAUCACACAGGGUAAAAUCACUUUUUGGAAUCGAUGGUCUCAGAAGAAAGACAGAGGACUGAGUAAGGUCCCAACCCAGGAGCCAAAUCCAUGCAGACAGACCCCUACACCUGCACAGACUUCCACUGAAGAAUCACCACCAAGCUGGAGCAAACAAGUAAAAGCAUUGACUCAAGUGCCCACAUGAUCACCACGGCCAGGGUACCUGCUGAUAAGCCGGUACGAAUUGCCUUCAGCCUUAAUGAUUCCCCAGAUGAUGCUUCCCCUGAAAACUUCUCUUUGGCAUUUCCAGAACUAGAUCAGCAGCUGCAGCCUCUGCCCCCUUGUCAUGACUCUAAGGAAUCUAUGCAGGUGUAUAAACAGCACUGCAAAAUAGCAGAAGAGUACCACGAGGUCAAGAAAGAAAUUGCUCUGCUGGAAGAAAGAAAAAAGGAGCUGAUUGCCAGGCUGGAGCAAGUGGAAAAAGAGAGCAUGGAUGCUGCUCGGCUGGCCAAGGAGUACGCACAGCUGACAGAGGAGAACCGGACGCUGAAGCUGGCCCAGACACAGUGCGUGGAGCAGCUGGAAAAGCUCAGGAUACAGUACCAAAAGAGACAGGGCUCCUCAUAACUCCCAGCCAGCUCAUGGGAGGCACUUCUUACAGGAAUGGAAAACAGAUUUUAAAAUAAAGAUCUGUUUCAUAUGUUACAACACUUUACUACAGAUGCAGAGUAUGUAGAAGUCUGAAUUUGAUUUAAUGCUUGCCACCCAGUAGCUUAAUAUAAUGGAUAUUUCAUCCAUUAUAUAAUGAAUGUUUUAUUUCAAGUAACAUAAUUGAAGUUAAUCUAUCCCCAUUAUAUGUUCUAGUGGAUCAGGUUUCUUUUCUAAACAUAUUUCUUCCAAUUUAAGAAGAUAUGGACACACUAGAAAAUUAUAUAAAUAGUCUCUGUGUUGGAAAUUUGGAUCAUACUAAGGACUGGGACAAUAUUAAUAUAUGGAAUACAUGUAUGUUAAUUUUAGUUUGGUAAAUUCUUUUUAAAUUAUUUUCCUCAUGCAUAAAGUGUUUGGAAGUUAUCUUGAAGCAGAUCUCCUCACUAAUAGAAACCAUACUUGAUGUCAACUUCACACUACUGUAUAAAAUCUGAAAAACUGCACAUUAAAAACUGAAGUAACAAAAUUAUUUUUUGUCAAACAAGUGCACUGCCAGUGAUAAUUUUCAAGUUAUAAAAUUAAAAGGAAACAGAUGAGAUCAAACUUUCCUGCCUUAAGUGUAAAGAUUACUUGAGUGCCUUUUUAUUGUACUUUUAGGCAUGCAAGAAAUGAAAAAUUAAUAUAAGAAUCAUAAUUUCAUCAUACUUUCAACUGAGACUAUGUCUGUAAAAUUAUUGCAAGGCUAUUUUGUUCUUAUUUUCUGGUCUAUUUUGAAACAUAAGUGGCUGUAAGUAGGGACAGGAGUUCUGUGAUACACAAAUAACUGGGAAGUAAAAUGUCUUUUACUUGCUCUAUUUAUCCCUGUAUUUUCUUAGAUCAACUUAAAAAUCUUGGUUAUACCUCCAUUUCUAUCCAUAGAGCAGUUUUUUCAUUAAAAAGGGAUGUAGAAAAUCCCUUUUAUGUUCUAAAUGUUCUCAAAUCCCCCUGUAUUUUAAACUCUGCUUGUCAGAUGCUGCUUGUUACAUCUUCAUGAGCUUAGAAUUCAACUUAAUGUGUUAUUA